AUGGCCGAUCCUCCGCGUGCAAAGCGAUCGAAACGUGAAGCGCGACCAGCAGUGGCGCGCCGAGCCCUCGACAGCCAGCCCGUGACGGAGAUUCGUUACGGAGAUCUGGACGCGCUUCCCGUCGACGUGUGGCGGCGCAUCGCAAACGCGGUCGCGACGAGAGAAGGGUGCACGUGCUCAUGGCCGCUCGUGCCGAGUGCCAUCGCCAUGCCGUCCAUUCGACGCGCUCUACCGAUCGACGAGCCUCUCAUGUUCUACGAAGAUUGCGAGUGCGCGCCGUCCGCCAUCUCCCUCGCGCAACGAUUCCGAAGCUUCGCGUGGCUGACCAAGCAGCACCCAAACCCUUCGAAGUUCAUCUUUUCCCUCAUUGAAGCGCCUCCCCCCGUCCGUUCCUCCCUCAUGCGCUCUUGCCUGUUUUCUUCCCUAUCCACCAUCACCUCCCUCGACCUCUACUUCUCCCAAGGCCUCCCCUCCCAUCCACGGCUUCUCUUCUCCCUCUCGCAAGCGCCGCGGCUCGAGUGGCUUCUGAUUGCGCAUGGCGUUGCGUCGGACCGCGAGCGCGCCAUACCACCGCGCCACUGCAAUGAUGCCGUGAUGGUGGAAGAAAUGUGGGACCUGAUUACACUUAUGGAAGAAGAAGAGAAGGCGAACGACAAAGUCAGGCCCUUUCCCGCGCUUCGCUACCUCAGUCUCGAUCUCCCCGCCUGCUCGCCUCUCGUCCUUCGCUUCAUCUCCUGCCUCUCUGCCCAGCUUCACUCUCUCUCUCUCGGCGGCUCGAAUCAGUUCGCGGUUCACGAGGGCAGAGAGGGCGCUGAAAGCGGUGAGAACGCGGAAGGGCGGAGGGGGAGAGAGAGGGACGCGGACGGACGAAAGUCUUUCUCUCUUCACUUCCCGCUAGCUACUAACGUCAGGUUCCACGGGAUCAACUGCUCCAUUUCGCUCUCCGCCCCUCGUCUCACCACCCUCGGCUUUCUCUGGAAGUCUCACCACUCCCGCCUGCACCUGCUCCCCACCUGCCCCGCGCACCUGCCGUCUCUCUUCCUUAGAGCGGACCGGCCGUGCCAGUGGCCGUUGCACGCGCCUCACCUCACAUCGCUGGAAUCCCUCUGUACCAACAUGCAGCCGGAGCAGGCUGCUUGUCUCCCUCCCGGUGUACUCGCAACAGUGAAGGCCCUUGAGUGGAGGGAGAUUAGGGUUUUGCGGCCGCUGGAUCUGCGUGCUUGGCAUAGCCUGCGCUGCUUCCAUGCCAUGGCAUGGGGCCCUGUGUCUCUGUCAGCUCUUCGCUCUGGUGUGCUCUGGCCCUGUGGCGUGGAGGGACUGUUUUUCGACAGCAUUGGUAGCGACGUUGUGGAACUUUUCAAGAGUGACCUGAGAGGGGACGAUGGUGGAGAAAGCUUGGGAAGGAGGCAUGCAGAGGAGGGCACGCCGAGAAGGCGAGAGGGGAUAGGCAUGGAAAUAGGAGGUUGUUUGAGGUCGGCAGUGGAAGGGAGGCCUGUGGAGGACGGAAGAAGGGACAUGGUCCAUAUUAAUGGUGGGAAUUUACUGGCUCGACUGCUGCCUAAAUGCAAGGGAUUGCAGAGGUUUGAGGGAUGGGACUAUGGUGAGCGUGUGUUGUAUAGGCUGGAUGCUGCUGAAGGGCUGAGUACUGAAUUCGUUCCCGGCCUUCCGAAACGACUUAGACGAAGGAGCGGUGGUAUUGACGGCGGGGAUCGCGGCAGGCACGGCCAGAGAGGGCUAGCGGGAGUCGCGCAGGCGAGUGUCGACUUCGUGGAAUUCACCGCGUCCCUCGACACCAACAUCCCCCUCCGGGAACGACCAGAGGUGCCGUUUCACGAGUACCUGGAGAACCCAAAUAGAGUCUUUGACGCAUUCUUCCCAGACAAGCAGCGCUCCGAAAAGCUCUCCGAGGACGAGUGGCGGAUACACAUGCUGCCAAUCACCUUCUUCCUCGUCACAGCGCGCCCAAUAGUGGACAUGCGAAUCUUCCUCGACCAACCCUCCCCUCUGCUGGACCGAGUCCGAGACACCUCCUCUGUGAAGCAUGUCAUGCGCCUGCAAGCGACCAACUGGGAGCUCAAGGGAGUGGACUACGACCCUGCUAACUUCUCUCUCGACGUGCGCGGAUUGCUCUUCGCCCAGUCCUCUUCCCAGCCAAACCAGCCCACCGUUAUCACCAGCUACGCCAGCAGCAGCAGGCAGGCGCAGGGAAACGGCUCUAGCUUCAGCUUCAGCAGCAGCAGCAGCAGCAGCAGCGGCGGCAGUGGGAAUGGCAGCGCCACCAUGACUGCUUUCAGCAGCACCAGCGGAUCUAGCAGUAGCAGCAGCAGCAGCAGUAGCAGCAGUAGCAGCAGUAGCAGCAGCACGAGUAGUAGCAGUAUGAGCUACAAUGGCCGGCAGGGUGCCGGCCGGAGUGUGCUGCGGGGGCAGAUGGCUGUGACAGUUGGCAUGCAGGUGCCGCCCAACCUCUUCCUUGUUCCUCGGCAGUCCAUUGAGGCGGUUGGUAGUGCGGUGAGUUGCCAUGCAGUGUGGGUGAGUAAACAUGCAAUGAGCUGGUAUGCAAUGAGCUGGUAUGCAAUGAGCUGGUAUGCAAUGAGCUGGUAUGCAAUGAGCUGGUAUGCAAUGAGCUGGUAUGCAAUGAGCUGGUAUGCAAUGAGCUGGUAUGCAAUGAGUUGCCAUGCAGGUGCCGCCCAACCUCUCUUCCUCGUGCCUCGCCAGUCCAUCAAGGCCCUUGGCAGUGCGGUGUUGCAGCAGCUGCUGGCAUCAAUGAAGGACAAGGUGAACAACCGGGUCCUGAGUGACUAUGCCAAGUUCUCUGCUGAGCACGCCCGCACUGCUGCCACUUCAAGGCGCCUCCCCAACUCCAAAGCAUAG